UUGACCACAGUCACACCGUCAGACUACCGAAAGCAAAAUUGAACGAAAUUCACCACCAAACCUGGAAUUUUAUCGCGUUUUGAUGCCUAAAUAUUGGUCAGAAAAUACCAUCAAUGGACUUCCAUCACUAAUGUUCGUGUUUGAGGGCUGAUAAUGAUGAAGAUGAAGCUGCGAGCGGCGGGAGGCGAAAAUCACCGAUGCGAUUUGAAUUCUGUUAACGGAACCGAUCGGCCGGGACAUCGAGAGAGCAGUACCGGAGCGGCUCCGCUCGACAAGGAGGCGGUGUUCGAGUGGUUCGGCUUACAGCUGAGCCCGGCCGGACGCGUAGAGCUGCUCUGCGGGCUGCUGCAUAUGUGUCAGCCGUUGGAGCUACGUUUCCUCGGCGCCUGUCUGGAGGAUCUGGCCCGGAGAGAUUUCUCCGUCCUGCGAGACUUCGAGACCCGGGCCAACAGCCCCGCUGAUCUGGUGGGGCUAGUGGAUGUGAGCGACCCGGUGGUGCUGUCCAAACUGCUCGUUUAUUUGUCUCUUCUCGGAUCCAAAAGUAGGGAUUGCGCCGGAAUACUAUUCAUGACGUUGAGCCGAAUGGAGGCGGGUCUGUGCGGGGCUCUACCGGAGCCGGAGACGGUCGAACAGCUGCGGUUGCUCUUCACGAUGGGCUCGUUACACCCGGCGUUCAGCUUCCAUCAACGCGAGGAGCUGCGAGCGCAGCUGGAAAGACUCCAAGGAUGGAGCCAGUUUUCCAGAGCGGGGUUUCUGUGUCCUCACCAGGAAAAUGACGUAGACUGGACUCUAUGCAGCAAUCCUAAUUCGCACCUCAGCAGCACAUCACGUAGGGAAGUGGUUCAUAUUGAGAAGAUCAUUCUGAAGGAUGUAUCUGUGGGAGGAGAUGGCAGGCAAUAUAGUUUUGAGGUGAAAUGGUCCGACUCCUCAUCCACUGCUAUCACCAAAAGUCAUCGUGAGUUAGAGAAUUUUCUUUUAAAGCUUCCAAAGGAGCAGAGUCCGGAUGGCUUUGAGAAGAGUAUUGUGAGGUUACUCAAUUGUGGAGACCAGAAUGAACACAGAGAACUGGAGAGAACCCUCAGGGAGAAGUUCUUGUCUCUGUCACAGGAUGUUCUUCAGCGGUGUGACGUUGCCAGUUUCUUCCAGUCUGAUCCAUCUUUAUUGUCCUGCAGCCACUGUACCAGUGCACCUGUAUCCAGAAUCCAUCAGUCUGAACGGGGUUUCUCUGAGGACUGCUCUGAGACCUCCAGUCUGGAGGAAGAUGUGGAUGCUUACAGCAUCAGAGAUACAGGACUGAGUAAUCCGUGUUCUGAAUGCCAGCGAAGGGGAAACUGUGAGCAGAAUGGAGAGAGGGAACAGAGCUGUGCAAAUGACAGACAAAUCCACACGCCUGGACAAAAGAGCAAAGGAAGAUCAGCUGGCAAAAGGGACAGAGGCCGACGAGUGACCACUGCAAAGAGUUCAAAUGGGAUUCAAAAACCUUCUGCAACAUUGAUGAUCAACCAGACUGCUUGCAAAGACACAGGACGGGACCAGUAUGGUGACACAUCAUCAGAGAGCUCGAACUCUGUGCCGUCAAGCCCUGUUUACCAGAAGAACCUGGAGGACCAAGAUACAGAGAGUCAAUCCGAUAACUCUGCGCAGGAACCUGCUGAAAAGAUUCACCUCGCCAAAGGCAUUGGCGGCAAAGCGGUUGCCAUGGUGAACCCAUUAGUUGCCGAGCCUCAGAACGUUCUGCAGCCACCUUCAGUGGUGGAGUUGGCGCUGACCGCUUGCCUCCCCUACGCUCUACAGUACAACACCACCCAGAGGGACGCCGGAGAGAGUAAGAUAACCAUUACGAUUCCACUGGCCAGAGACCCGGCACCAUCAUCGGCCAGCACUCACCCACAGCAGCAGCCUCCACCGAGGGCGUUUAGCGUCCUCUCGGCUGGCCAGUGUCCUCUACUGCCCACCAACAUCACAGCCAACAAUCCUGUCAAAUCAAACGUCAAGGCCUCGUCACUGCCCGUAUCUGUCAACACCCCUUCCAGUUCGAGUUCCUGCCACGUCUCCACUAGCCAAGUCCCAGGAACUUGUCCUACAAAUGUACCCACUCACACCCCGGGGCCCGGGCCACUGCCGGCCCCUGCCGUCACACACAGCACAGCUCAGAGCGAUUCCUUGUCCUACAUCAACAGCUCGAGCUUGUCGGUCACAGCACAAGCACAGCAAGGGGGCUGCAACACCUGUGGAUGUCGUGGAAGCUGCGGGGGCAACACUGCUCAACAGUCACCCAGCUACUUCCUUCCCCCUCAACCUGCCCGUCAAAUGUUUGGGCCACCGCCCCCCUUCUUCCAUCUCCCUCCGUCUCUAUGCAAUAGUUUCCCUGCCCAGGGUCACCAAAAUAACGGGUCACCUCUGCCCUUCUACGCCCACACUGGUCCUCCCGCAGCUUUUCUACACGCCCACUCGGAUCCUAUGCUGGCUUCACAGGCAGGCUACAGCAUGCCUCAAAUGCCCCCUUUUCGACGCUUUUAUCCUCCUGUUUUUCCACCGGUGGGCCUGAUGUCAGGUGGAACCGGCCCAAAAAAGCCCACUAAUGUGUCCUGCUAUAACUGCGGUAUGAGCGGGCAUUACGCCCAAGACUGCAAACAACUGUCCAUCGAUGCCGGGCUGACGGGUGGUUUCCGGCUGAAGUAUGUUGCCCCAAACUCUUCGGAAACACUAGACAAAACUGAUUGACAGGAAGCAGGGGAACAAGCAAUUCCAGAGAAGCUUUAGACUGAUUUUUAUGUUUGUAUUAGCAUUUUGUCAAGAAAUCCCAUGCAAAGGGAGAGAAUAUAUCUGUACAUUUUGGACACGGCCACACUUUGGUCAAGGUGCAAAACCUUACAAAUUUGGUUUUCUUAGAAACAAAUUGAUCGAGUUCUAGUUUAAAUAGGAUAAGUUGUUUGUUUUAGGUUCAGGAUAAGUACUUUAUUGUUGUCAGAAGACUUUUGUUUUUUAUGAACAAAAGUUAAUUUGAAAAUGAGUUCUCUAGUGCAGUAUUUCUUUCUUUUUUUUUUGACAACACGUGAAUCUGUAUAGGCUUUUAUACGUGCCACGAGCAAUUAAAGGGAUAGUUCACCUAAUAAUUGAAAAUUCUGUCAUUAUAUUCUUGCUUUCAUGUCGUUCCAUACCCGGAUGCUGCCAUAUUUUCCAUGGAACACAAAAGUAAAGUUUUCAAAGAAUCUUUACGCAGCUUGACAGACAUCGUGUCCAUGUCUGUCAGGCUCCAAAAAGAAAAGAAAAAUCUUCUGGAGCAAUACGGUAGCAUUAUCACAAAAAUGAACGCACCAUUUUUGAGCACAAAAAAGACGCAAGCUCUGGCUUAGGUGAAGAAUAUUCCGAGAAUAACAACUACAUUUUGGUCUAGACUCGGAAUGGAACGAGUCAUAUCGACAACUUGUUUUGUUCCACAGAAAAAAUUAAAACAUACAGUUUUGGAACGAUAUGAGGGUGAGUAAAUAAUUACAUAAUUUUCAUUUUUGGGUGAACCAUUUCUUUACGGCAAGAAAAACAAUACUCAGUUGUGUUUUUGUAAACAUAUUUUGAAAGUUCUUUAUUUGUUAUCAAAGAUUCGCUUUUGUCUUAGCUGAUAAUGGCGAUUAAGAGAGAAGAUCAAAGCGGAUAACGAUGCUCUUUCUGACAUUAUAUGCUGCUUGUUUGCCCCGUUGUCAUUUUGGAUGUGAUGCACUACAGCCGUUCUCUGAAAAACGUAAGUCAGGCGUUUAUAAUGCACUGAAAUAGCCAGAUUUACAGUACUGCCUCCAUUCACAAGCUCUGACCACUAGAGAGCGUCAGAGAUUUUUACCAUGCAGCUUCAGGUCUUAUUGAUAUUGUAUUGAAGUCUUCAUGGCAGAAGUGCUUUGGGAGUCAAAUAAAAUCAGUUAUACGCACUCAUUCUUAGCCUAAAACACUGUUAUGAGGAAAUACUGAAUAUAAUUUAAAUGUCAAAUACUCUGUAACCAAGAAUGGAUGGUUUUUGGUAGAAAGGUGUUUGUAAACAUAGGACAACUCUUUAGCAUCAAGAAUAUCUUGCUUGUGUGUUGAAGCUAUUUUUCUUAUAACUGUCAAAGGGAAAAGCGGGCAGAUGUUUGUGCCUAUUGCCAUGCGUUGGAAAUUAUUUGUUAUAAGUAAAUAUUUAAAAUAUCAAAGUUUUUAUAAUUUCUGAAAUCUUGCUGAAAUUGCCAAAGCUGCCCUUCCUUUUUUAUAUGGAGAUUUGGCAUGUUUGUAUCGAGGGAAAUAGCUGUAAGGAUUUUAUUUUGAUAUUUUCAAAGACAUUUUGAUGAAGGGCUCGAGGCCUUUAGUGUGGUUGUCCAGGUGUUGCACAUUUACUAUAAGUAACAUCACCUGCAAUUGGGGAGCUCAUUUGUUACCCCCAAUUCCUGGAUUUUGUUACAGGGUUUUAAAUGUGCUUUGUUUGAUUGACCUGGUACAAUAAACACUAAUCUAUAAAUAGACUUUGAAGGGAGUUAAAUACUCCAGGUUGAAUUCAAAAAGCUAUGGACCGUAUUCGUUAUACUUCUAUGGAUUUAUGAAGCUGUACUGUAUGAAUGAGGCUUCGCCUCUGUUUAUGUUUACUGUAUUUCAUAUGUACAUGUUGAUUAAUCUGGACUGAAAGGUCAAAUUAAUCUGAUCACAUUUGCAUUCUCUGGCAAAUUGAUCAUGUCGGUCAAGAUAUUAGCAAUAAAUAUAAA